AUGAGCCGAGAUCGCUUCCAGCAGCCCACCACAUACUGGACAUGUCAUGCGAAACAACAUCAUCCACAUUGUGACGUACCUGGAGACUCAUGGUCACAAAUGGAUUCGAAUUCAGAGUGGGCUCUCCCGCGCGAUCGUUGGACAGAGAUGAACCAAGACGAUGGCUAUUAUAGACGUGAUCCACGAUACCGAGAUGACCACGCUGGAUACUCACAUCAACAAUAUUAUGCUCCACCAAUAAAUCAAUAUCACCCACAGUAUCGUCACGUCAGACCUCAAAUACACUCGCAAAACUCGGUCCCUUCUUUUGCAGAACACCAAGACAGGGUAGCACCACUUCACAGCCAUGAGCCUCGCUGUACCAGUCAACCAGACUUCCAGGAUCGAGCGCAUGAGGAACAGCCGGCUCGGGCUGGUCGUACUGAAGCUUCGUCACCAGUUGAGAGACGUGGCAGUGAAAACGAGUUCUCGAGCGAUAUGGACUUGACGCUCUUCGUCGCAGCGACUUCAGGGUUUACCCCAGACUCACCUCUACACCGCUCAUUUGGAGAUGCACCGACAUGGCGAAGUCAACAACAACAAUCAAGACCGGAGUACUCACAACCACCACCAAUACAACAGCAAAGACCACAAUAUAUGCGAGCACAUACCUCGUACACUAGCUCUACAUAUACACAACAUCCGACGCCUUCGCACUCUACGCCACAUCUACCCAUUAGACAGCCGCAGCCGCGAAGUCCGGCAUUUACUCGCGAGGGACCGACAGUUUGGCAGGAACGACUGGAAUCGGAACCAUAUGCGUGGCAAGCUCAUGACUAUGGUGACGAACCACCUCCAGCAGACGAGCUACCUGACUACGAACAAAGUCAGGCCGAGAUGCAGAAUAAGAAUCGAGUUGAAGCGAUGAGAAGAGCGGAAGAGUUGCAGAGAAGAUGGAGACAACGACACAGUCGGUGA